CAGAGAAGACCGGGGAGAAAUGGCGAUUCUGUGAUCUGUCUUUUGACCCCGGUUGCAGUUCAAAAUUGGACUACAUCAUCUAACCAACUUCUUCUGGCAGUUUAUAAGGAUAAUAAACGUAUGCUGGGGUCAGUAGAAUCACUUUAACUCAGAAAUGGCGGCAAAUAUGUACAGAGUUGGAGACUAUGUCUACUUUGAGACGUCUUCAACUACUCCGUUCCAAAUCAGAAGGAUCGAAGAACUCAAUAAGACUCCAAAUGGAAAUGUUGAGGCCAAAGUCAUGUGCUUUUACCGGCGGCGAGACAUUGCCAGCUCACUUAUUCAGUUGGCCGACAAGCAUCAAAGUCAACAUCUUUUUGAUGAUGAUGAGGAGCCAAAGUCACCGACUGAGAAUAAUGAACAUGAGGAAAAAUCAAAUUCAAAUACAAGUGCCUUGGAAGAUGGGGAAAACGAAGAUCCAGAAACGUCCGACCAACAGCGCCACCAGCUGAAACAUCGGGAACUAUUUCUUUCACGGCAGGUUGAAACAUUACCGGCCACACACAUCAGGGGGAAGUGCGUCGUUACACUGCUCAAUGAAACAGAAUCAUUAAUAUCAUAUUUAAAUAAAGAAGACACAUUUUUCUAUUCAUUAGUAUAUGACCCACAACAGAAAACACUUUUAGCUGAUAAAGGAGAAAUUAGAGUAGGUUCUAGAUAUCAAGCAGAUAUAACGUCAUUAUUAAAAGAAGGGCAAAGUGAUGAUAGGAAUAUAGAAGAAUUGGAAGAAUUAAUAUGGAGUCCUAGCCCUGAUAACGGUCUUUCAGAUAAACAAACAGAUCAAUUUUUAGUAAUAGCAAGGUCGGUUGGUACAUUUGCCAGAGCAUUAGACUGUUCAAGUACAGUCCGACAACCUAGUCUACACAUGAGUGCAGCAGCAGCAUCUCGAGAUGUAACACUAUUCCACGCCAUGGAUAUAUUACACAAAAGUUGCUACGAGUUGGCCAAGGCAAUCGCUAGUUUAGUUCCACAGGGCGGUCCAGUGUUAUGUCGAGACGAGAUGGAAGAGUGGUCAGCGUCAGAGGCAAAUCUGUUCGAGGAAGCUUUAGAUAAAUAUGGAAAAGAUUUUAAUGAUAUUCGACAAGAUUUCCUGCCAUGGAAAACGCUGAAGAGUAUUGUUGAAUAUUACUACAUGUGGAAAACAACAGAUCGAUAUGUGCAACAGAAACGUAUCAAAGCAGCUGAAGCUGAAAGUAAACUAAAGCAGGUUUACAUUCCCAACUAUAAUAAGCCCAAUCCAGCUGCGAUCACGAAUAAUUCGAAAGGAUCUGAUGCCAUCUCAGGAAGAGCUUGUGAAAGCUGUUAUGCUGCUACCUCCCACCAGUGGUACUCGUGGGGUCCCAUCCACAUGCAGUGUCGGUUGUGUUCAAAUUGUUGGAAUUACUGGAAGAAGUAUGGUGGCCUACGGAUGCCAACUCGACUAGAUUUUUUGGACAGCAAACCUGAUGGUGAGAGACCAAACCCAAAUCAAAGACAAGAAACCGGAGGUUAUGAGCGUCUUGCUCAUAUGGCAGCAUUGAGGAUGCACCGUUGUACAAUCAGCGGCUGUGGAAAGGAGUUCAAGUUGAAAGCCCACCUCGCUCGUCAUCUGGCCACUGCCCACGGAUUAGCUGUUAGGUCUGGUAGUCCACGACCAGUCAUGAAGACGCGAGCCGCAUUUUGUCUCAUCACUACGGCGCUCACUCGCUUGUCUCGGCGCGUUUGUGACGACAUUCUUAGGAUACGUCACUCUGCUAGGAACCCUUUCCAACAGAUCAACAUUGCUGGCAUCAAACAGGAGUGCAAGGAAAGGGGUUACCUAGACAUGUACAAUGAAGAUGGUGAACGAUUGUCGACUCAAGGCCAGACUCGUCUCACUGAUGGAAAAGUCCUCGAUCAGUUGAAGCCCAAAAUCCGUCAACCAGUCGAGAAGAUUCUGAGCCGUCUUGGCAUUGAUGUCAAGAUGGAGAAACCACCGUUACUACACCGUGCCGACAAUCCGGAUCGUAGGCCUAGGAAGCAUUCAUUCCCGAUGUCCUCCUCAAGUAGGAAUGGCAAUGCCACCAAUCAAGAAACCAACAACCAUGCCAACAAUGAUGUGAUGGUAUCCAGCGGGACUCCGUCCAUCAUGAAGAAACGGGGAUAUGAACAAACUAACGGCGUUGAUGGCGGCCCGGCAGCAAAGAGACCAUCAAUAGGUGUUAUCCGUCAGGCUGGUUCCAUCAAACCUCAGGGCUAUAACCUGAUGAACCAUCAUGGUAUGAAUGGGCGUGGAGGGAAAAACCCAACGAAGAUAGGCAACCGAAAGCUCCUCAGUUGGGUAGACGCACCUGAUGAUGUUUACUUUGUGUCCACAGAGGCAACUAGAAAACUGAGGAAAACUCUGACGAAUCACGAGUUCCGUCGCGCCGCCCGCAAACCGUGGAGGAGGAUUAAUGACAUGAAACUUCCUUCAUUGACCACUGCACCAAAGGACCAACCAGUUGUAGUGAUCGAGUGAAUAGACACAUUUAUAUCGUAGAAUUGUUAAAAAUAGGAUGGAGACCAUUGAUUUUGUGUGGUUCUUGUGGUAUCUUCGGAUGAUUUUCAAUUGACUCUGGUGCAGGCAGACGGAGGACUGUACUGGUUGAUCCAGUGUAGCAUAUUCAAGCCUUGUUCUGUAGGAGUUUUAGAAGUUACGUAGAUGGAGGGAAGGUUUCCUGUAACAUGGAGACAAAUAUGCUUGUUAAAGUCAAAACUGCCAGGGCAUGAUUUUGCGUACUCCUAAGUCACUCGUUUUGGAUCCUCAGAUAUGCAUUAUGGUGAUUUAAGUAAUCAGGUUAAGUGAUUUUAAGAGUUGUUAUUCCGGGUUGUAUGCAUACAUGAUGACGCAGUUCUGCCCUCGGUUCUGAUGGCUUUGUCAUUGCAACGCAAUACUUGUGUGUGCACAAACGAUUUGUUGGUUUGCUGUACAUGUCGAGUACUGCGCAUGCAGAGAGCUGUACAAGCUAAGUGCUGUACGAGCUGAGUGCUGUACAUGCUGAGUGCUGUACAAGCUGAGUGCUGUACAUGCUGAGUGCUGUACAUACAGAGUGCUGUACACGCUGAGUGCUGCACCAAGUACACUUCAGGAUCUUUGCAUUUGAGAAAUAUGAUUAUGGAGAGGUAAAACGUCGAGGAGUUUGCUAUAGUGAAACUUAAGAUAAACUAGCAUCCUAUACAUUAAGUUGACUAUGCCUCGGGCAACACCAUACACCAUACUAACCACAGCUUUGCUCAUGCAGGCCUAUGUUCAGGCCAGUGGGUGUGGGUGGGACUAAGAUUAAAAAAAACACAUCUGCAUGAUGCAUAGUUAAUAAUUAAGUCCAGUUAAGUGCACAAAUUGAAAUACCCCACAAUUCAGGGGGAGGGUUGCAUUACUUUUCUAAGAGAUCGGUGAAACUUGUCGAUAAUUCAGUCUUCAUCUGUGUGUCUUACUGCUUUGUGAGUUUGAUUUGGAAAAUAUCAUUAAAAUUCACAUUUUUAACUUCUUCUGUGUAAAUGAGUUUGAUUAGGUUUCCCUGAGGGUAGUUUUCAAGGAAUAUUUUUUGCUAAUUAUUGUCCAAAUAGUUUGCUUUCCUUUUGAAUUGGUUGAAAUAAUUCUCAGACAAUCAUGAACCUGGGAGGUUCUCUGCCGGUACACCUCAACUUUAUGUUGAGAUCACACCAAAUUAAUUAAUCCCUGGAUAAAACGAAAUGACUGUUAUAUCAUUUGGUGUGAUCCAGGGAUUAAUCGUCACCCGAGAUAAAAUUAUUGUGGAAUAGGUCAUUUCUAUCCCUUGCUCAAAAUAAGUUAGAAGUGGCCAUUCAGAUUUGAUUUCUUACCUAACACUGCAGUCAAGUAAUGUUAAGAUUUGCUGAGGACCAUUUUGGACAACUUAAAAUCGUGUCUGUGGUAUUGUCAAUCACUGAUUUCUAGCAGAUGGCUAUAUUUUCAGCAAAUAAUGUGCAGUCCUGAUUGCCAAAAUUGACCGUUUUGAUUGAACAAGGAAUAUUACUCUCCAUAACGGCAAAGGUCAGAAUGCUGUAUUGAUAAUGAUGAUAUGGUGAUGCUGGGAAGGCAUUGUUAUUAUUCCUAUUCGCUCUCAUCUAUGAUAAUAUUGUCCCACCUAUCUUUUCUCAAUGGGUUGAAAAUCCCCAAGACGCUGCGGUUUGGUUUGUUCAGCGUGGUUGGGUUCGCAUAAUGUUUUUGUAGAGUUCUUGCUGGGGCAAGUACUACAGUGCAUUUUAUGGUGAGGGCCUGCUGCAUUUUUCAUAACAGGGUCACCACUGUGGAAAAAAACCCACAUUUCUCCCUACAUUGUGUGAAAAAUCACUCUGCAAGUUGAAACUUUUCCUUUUAGCCAUGGUGACAAUGAAUGUGAACAGUCAAGCAUUGACUGAAGUUGCAUAACAGGUUUUUCCUUGGAUUUUGGCAAGGGGGUGUGAUAGAGGAACAGGCUGUCAAAAAAUAUUUACAAAGUUGCGUGUGUCCUGACUGUUUAUAAAUGAAGGAUGCUUGACAGGAAAAGCCCUGCUACUGCAGUUUGUUUUAAUUUUUGCACGAAAGUUUUCAUUUUUGGUUAAGAUUGUUCAUUGUAGCAAAUCAAUAUGCAAAUCAAAUUCAGUCGGGCUUUGUAGGAUUUCGUCAUAAACUUCUUACAUAUCUAAGCUGAUUGCGUUUCAAAAUCCUAGGGAAAUUCCUGUUCAUGUAACCUGCGUGUAUAGCUUAUUUCUAGUGUUUAAUUUGUACUUCAUGAUUUUGAUUUUUGUCUGUAGUAGGUUUAGUGCACAGUAUGUUAUCCAGUUCAUCACCACACACAGAUUAUUAUUCGCAGGGGUUCGCCUUGUUUUGUAAAACGAGUUGAAUCUCCAAAAAUAUCAUUAAUUCAUUGUAGAAAUUGUUGCAUUUCUUACUCAACAAGUUGUUACACAAAUGUGAGCCAGCUUAAAACUUGUUCCGUUUUGGAAAGGUGUUUCCAUCAAAUGGGUGUAGAUAGAUGUGAAGUUUGAAAAAAGUUGAGGGAAAGGCUUUUCUGAAGGCUUGGACUGAUGUUUUUUUCAGAAAUGUUUAGGAAAAUGAAUAAUCAAGAAUUGUGGCAAAGUCUCAAAUACUUCACCUUGCAAAUCAUGUAUGCUGUUUAAGAUUUUAUAUCUAUUACAAAAAUGCCCUUCCUUUGACCAGUACUUGAAUUUCUACAAAGAUUUGGAUGCCCUUUAGGUGAUUUAGAAAUUUAUCUGGGCAUGAUCUGUAAAGAAUGUUUAAUGAGUAAUUCAGGUUUUCAACAAUUUACAUGGUUUAAUCUUUUUGCCUUCCUUUUUUGCGUCCUUCUUUUUCGAAAACACUGUUGAACUAGCACAAGCCUGUUUUAAUUUGUCUGUAAAUCGUAGAACAAUAUGGUCGUAACUCGGGACUGUGAUGAUACAGUUUCCAAACAAUGAGAUAAUUUUUACCAUGGACAGGAAGCAAUAGGUAGAGGUCCAGUAAGUAAUGAGUUUUGGUCUGAUACAAUGAACCAAUACUUUAGCAUUGACACAUAAGCACAUGAAAUUGACAUGGACUUGAUUUGUAUUGUAUUGGACCGCUUAAACUACUGCUGCCACCCGCAUGUUUUGACAAGACACGGGAGGGAGGGAAGCUUUGGGGGGGAACUCUUCACUGCUCGAGUCCAAAAAAACUUCUGGCUUUCUGUUAUCUUUUGAAAAAUGAAUUCUUAAAGAAACAACUAAACAAAAUUACCACAGGUUAUUGCAAGAAAUAAGGAAAGAUCAAAGCUGUCUAUAAAUGGGAAGCAUGCUUUUACAUUAACUGCAUACUCGGGAGAAUUUAUACAUUCUAGCUGAUUAGCGCUUGCUGCAAUUAGACUUAGAAUACUGGCAACAAAGAGACACCAAUAAAAAUCUUUGCACUUAGCUUUCUUGCAGAUGUAAACCGAGUUCUGAAACAACUGAAUGCUGUUAACCCCUUUUACAUUAUGUUCUGACUUUGCACUUUUGCUGGUCUACAAUCUCUGUGCUUGCUUCUUUCCAUUUAUUGUGCAGUCUUCAUUACUAACUGCUGGUCUGCAAGUUAAACACAGGAUGGUGUACAUAAGUAAUUUAUAGCUUUUGUGUUCAGUUCCGCAAUUAUAAUGACAUGGACAUGUACAAACUUCUGUAAUAUUGGUAUGUCGGUAUACUGGUACAUAUUUAUGUCAUCGAACGUUCGGGCGAUUCUCGUUGCUUCGAGCGAGGUCAGGUUUUCUAUAGCCCUCGAACUAUUUAUAUAUUUUAGAAAUCUUGUGUAUAAACAUAGUCUGUACUACUGUAAAUAAACCAAAAAAACAACAGGAAAAUCCUACUAACCUUUGAGUGGGCAACAGAUAUACAGCACAUUGUGGUUGUAUCAUAGUGUAGACUUUUGCCAGGAGGUAAUGCUUUGUUGUACGGUUACUUUAUUGUAAGACAAAGGUGCAGGAAAUGACACUGGAAAAUCUACCCUAUCCAGAUUUGGCUGGAAACAUAUAUCAAGGAAUUACUCUGGCAAUUGAUGUCGUGCAAAUGGGUCAUGUUGUGAUGGGGUAUUGCAGCAGUUUGUGUAAUUACCUCCUUAGGACAGAAACCAGGACGUUUUCAGAUCAUGUCUUUAAUAUUUGACCGUCAGAAACAGUGGAAAUCUUGUAAAGUUAUUCCUUUCUCCAGAGAAGAGUCACCUGUCAUAUUGUGUCAUCAGCUGAUCUCUUUGCUGCUGACAUAAAAGACAUUUAGUAUUUCUUGUUGACUAGCUCAGUUAUGAUUCCUGUUUCAUUUCUUGCAUCCUCCAAAGCCCGCCUUUGUGUAUUACCACCAAUACUUUCAGAGAAGACUGAUAAAACUUUUAAUAGCUUGUACAUCAUUAGAACCUUCCGUAAGUCUUCUGCCGUACUUGAAUCAAUCCAGCAACAGUGUAUCAUUGGACUGUAAGGGACGUCACUGGUAACAUUUUUGGGAUUUUCAUCAAAAUCUAUCAGUGAUAAAAAAUUUAUUUUCCUAAAAGUCAUUGUCAAGGUCAUUUCUCCAAAAAAACAGUAUUUUCAAGCCAAUGAUCGUUUCUGGACAGAAUCCGGCAUAAUAUCUGAAUUAAAAAAAAUAAUGAUUUAGAAUGCAAGUCUCAACCUUAUCAAAAUGUGAACUCGCAUUGUUGCAUAUGGUCAAUGUAAGUUAAUACCAAAAUCUCUCAUUUAUGUGAAAAUUUACUCUGGACUUGAAUGAUUUUGGAUUUAAGGAUUUAAGGUUUACUUCAAGACGACACUUAUGGUUGUUGAUUAAGUACCUGGGCAGACUUGUUGAAGUUAAUGGUAAAAUUGCCUCAAUAACAUGUAGACAAUAGUUCUUCAAUUUGGGAUGGUUCUUUAGUGAAGUUCUCUGAAUAUCUUUUUUUCUAUUAAUUUUUCAAUAAAUGUUCUGGAAAAUCAGUAA